AUGUCGAUGGAUCUGGAUGCGCCGGUGCCUUUCGCACCUGCACAGCAGGAGCAGGUCGCCCCGACGAUUCUAUGUUGCAACUGUGGCGCCCCUAUCGAUGGGAUGACGUCUGCAGGUGCACUGUGCCAGGACUGUGUCAAGCUCACGGUCGAUAUUUCCCAAGGAAUUCAAAGAGAAGGCGUGCUUCACUGCUGUAGGGACUGUGAGCGAUGGUUACAGCCCCCAAGUAGCUGGCUCAGUGCGGCAUUGGAAUCAAAAGAACUGCUAGCACUCUGUCUGCGCAAACUCCGUGGGUUGGCAAAGGUCCGCAUCAUCGAUGCCGGGUUCAUCUGGACCGAGCCGCAUUCGAGACGUGUGAAGGUCAAAAUCACAAUUCAGCAAGAGGCGUUUGAGGGUACUAUUGUCCAACAGACAUUUGAGGUGGAGUUUGUUGUCGCCAGCCAGCAGUGUCCCGAUUGCUCUCGCUCUUACACACAUCAUGCUACGCGCUGCACACUGCAGGUACGACAAAAAGUGCCCCACAAACGGACAUUCCUACAUCUCGAGCAGGUGAUCCUUGCAAACAACGCGCACCGGGAUACGGUGAAUAUCAAGGAAGCAAACGAGGGUCUAGACUUUUUCUUCGCUGAACGGAAUCAGUGUGAGAAAAUGGUCGACUUCUUAUCAUCUAUCGCUCCAGUUAAAGUAAAGAAGUCGCAGCAGCUGAUCUCACACGAUGUUCACACCAGCGCAAAAAGCUACAAGUUCACAUUUUCUAUGGAGUUGAUACCAAUUUGCAAGGAUGACCUAGUUGCGCUCCCAAUCAAGCUGGCUCGGUCUCUGGGCAACAUCUCGCCAUUAACUCUUUGCUACCGUGUCGGUACCACUGUCAACCUCAUUGAUCCUAGCACCCUUCAAACCGCCGACGUUCCUACCGGGACAUACUGGAGGUCGCCCUUCACCAACCUGGCCGAUAUUACCGAACUGGUGGAAUUCAUUGUUAUGGAUAUUGAGCCGAUGGGCCGGUCAAACGGACGAUACCACCUUGCCGAGGCAACUGUUGCCCGCGCAUCAGACCUGGGCUCGAACGAUCAGACGUACUUUACCCGGACUCACUUAGGGGGUAUUCUCCAUGUUGGCGACUCCGUACUCGGGUACCAUUUGACCAAGACCAAUUUCAAUAACUCCAACUUUGAAGCCCUCGAGGCCAGCAGCCAGUAUAGCUCCACAAUCCCAGACGUCGUUCUUGUCAAGAAACACUAUGCGCGCAAGAAGAAGAACAAGACACGUAACUGGCGUCUCAAGCGCAUGGCUCGCGAGUAUGAAGAGGAGGCGCAGCAGGGCCGCAAGCAAGACCAGGAGCGUGAUCGCCUCGAAGCCGACUUUGAAAUGUUCCUCCGGGAUGUGGAAGAAGACCAAGAGCUACGGAGCACUCUUCAGCUUUACAAAGCCAACAACAAUCGUCAAAAUGCCGGUGGUAAUAUGGAGAUGGAGGAAGACAGUGACGAUGAAGUACCCAAGAUCAGCAUGGACGAGCUGCUUGACGACUUUGAUGAUCUGAACAUGGAGGACAAAUGA